AUAGGAUGCAACGGUAUUAUUUAUUGACGGAAACAAAACCUCUUUACCUUGAAUGCUAUACGUAUAUAGAAUAAGAUGCAGCGUUAUUAUUUAUUGACGGCUGGUUUGGUGGCUUGUCUCUCAUCCGCAAUCACCUUGUAUCUAGUAGAUCCACAGGCAUUUUUCCUGUACAACUACAAACUCAAGGAUCUCCAACGUCCGCCAGUUUCUAACAGCAUCGGCAGCACGUCCAGUACUGCUUCAGGGACGACUUUCGCCUUCUACAAGUUCAGCCUCCAAUGGCCACCUUCUACGUGUACUUCCACGAUGCCUCCUCCAGGGGGGGAAUUGAAAUGUGCAGGACCUAUCCCUAAUGCGUUUACCAUCCAUGGUUUAUGGCCGCAGGAUGCCCGUGACAACAAAAUACGCCCAUACGAUGACGACCCAUCUUGUACCACAUCCGUACCUAAACGUCCAGAUAAAAUCAUACCUGACCUGCAACCCAUUGAACAAGAAUUAAAGCAACUAUGGCCAAACCUAAAGAACUCUGAUAAUGAGCGGUUAAACCAAGAAUUCUGGAAAGAGGAAUGGAGAAAGCAUGGAAUGUGUUCCGAUUACGCUGAAGUUCCUUUCGGCUACUUCAACUCUUCCUUAGAACUCAGGAAAGGCUUUCAUCCAGUUUUUAAACUUGAACCUGGAGCAACUUACACGGCACAAUGCGUUGCAGAAAUAGUUCGAGCGCAAGUAGGAGCAGAACCAGAGAUUGCUUGCAGCAAAAGUAGAGUGGAAAAUAAUAAGCUCCUACUCUGGGAGGUUCGUUUAUGUUAUAAUAAGACAACAUACCCCAAGCGAGAGGCGGUCCAAGACUGUAAGAAAGGCUUUUCAGGCCAAUGUAAAAAAUCGAAUAAUAAAAUAAAGAUUCCAAGCUCCCCCCAAUACCCCUCCGGCGAGUACUAAUCAUUAAAUGCCGAACCAUUUUGCUGGGAUUGGAUCAGACUUUCAAGCUGGUAAUAACUAAAUGUGAAAAUUGUAUUACUUUUUCUAAUGGGGGUGGCUGGUUUUGUGUGCAUUUUUCUUAUAUAUAAAUAAGAUAAAUCUCUGAAUAAUUAUUAAUUAUAUAUGGUUGAGAAACUAUGGCACCACCCAUGUACACCUAAUUAAGGUUAAUUUACUUAUCUACCGAUGUUUGUUUGUAAUUAUUGUAAUCCCAUCAGUUUGCUUCAAUAAAUUGUCAUAAACAUAUAUGUGAAGUAAACAUGUA